AUGGGGUUUGUGAAGGAAUACAACGAGCGCACUGCGUCGCAGGCCGGUAACAUCGUGCCGGUUGAAGUAACGGUCUUCGAGGAUCGGUCAUUUGCGUUCAUAACGAAAAGCCCGCCGGCUUCUGACCUGCUCAGAAAGGCGGCAGGUAUCGAGAGAGGCAGCGGCAACCCUCUUGCCGAGAAAGUCGCCCGCAUUCCUAGAGACAGGGUGCGUGAGAUUGCCGAACUCAAAAUGAAUGACCUCAAUGCCGCUGACCUCGAAGGAGCGAUUAGGAUAAUUGAGGGAACAGCGCGAAGUAUGGGUAUCGAAGUGCAGCAGUAG